CGAGGACGCUCCAGUCGCCUGUGUGUUGAAUGAAAUUUAGCUUGUGAAAUGUAGCAGAUUUAUUGUAAAUUUUGGAUUUCUUAAUGAAUCAAGGUGUUGAAAAUGGCUCGUAAAAGUUUACCUAUUCAUUAGAUACUUCAAAUGAUUACUGAUUGGAAAUGGCUGAAGUGCAAUAUUCAUCUGGAGAAAAACAGUUUAAGUUUUUACUCAUAGGAAAUGAAGCAGUUGGAAAGACUUGCAUUGCACUUCGAUUUUCCCAAGAUAAGUUUGAUAAACUAUACAAACAAACUAUUGGAGUUGACUUUUUUAUAAGGCGUAUCAUGUUACCAGGUGGUUUUAAUGUUACAAUUCAGCUUUGGGACGUAGGAGGCCAGUCAUUAGGAGGAGAAAUGUUUGAUAAAUAUUUGUAUGGUGCUCAUGCAAUUCUUUUUGUUUAUGAUAUAACAAAUGAAGAGAGCUUUAAGGAUCUUGAAGAUUGGUUACGAAUGGUUCAUCAACUAUAUAAAGAAGACUGUAUUAUGCCUCAUCUUGCCUUGGUUAGUAAUAAAGGUGAUUUAGAACACAGUCGAAUUGUGAAAGCCGACCGGCACAUAAAAUUUGCACUUGACAAUGGAAUGUCUUCCUAUGCCAUAUGUGCUAAAACUGGAGAAUCAGUAGCCCUCUGCUUUCAAAAAAUUGCUGGUGAGUUAUUAGGAAUUCGUUUGACUCGAUCUGAACAAGAAACUGUGCAGCCCAUUGUAAAAGCUGAAAUUAUUCAAAGUGUAGCAACAACUUCUGAAACUUCUAAUGAUUCUACUCCAUCCAAUACAGCCAAAAGCAGCAGUGUUUGUCUUGUGCAAUAAGAAAUGUUAUUAAAUACUGUUGCUUUUAAAAAUUCUAGUAAUUUAAGUUUGAGUUUUCCAGUUUUGUGUUUUUGAUAAGGCUUUAUAAAUCAAUGCACAUUUAUUUUUAUAACCUGUCAUGUAUCUAGUCAUUUUAUUUUUA